AUUUGUCAUAAUAUAAUAUCUGUCACUAAAAUAAUAAUUUUGCAAUAAUAUAUAAAUAACAAGCUAUCAAUUCAUUCAAAGUUAUGUCAAAAAAAGUAGAUAAGAAAACCAAAAAAUCCAUUGGUGGUGGUGACCAAUCGGAGGCGGAUGGAUCAAAGAUAGACAAACGUUCCCGAAAAAGUUCCCAAAAACCAGAUACCAGAAAUAAUAGUGUGAAUCUGAAAUUUUUCGAAGACAAACCACAUGAGUUUAAAGUUCUUGGAAGCCAGUCCAUUCAGAUUUUUGAUGAUUUAGAUGAGGUAGGUUCCAAUCAUCUUCCAGUGCCGCCAACGACUCCGAGCAAUCUUAUCCAAGAUUAUGAGGUAGCUCCGGUCCCAGCCCAUCUUCCUAAAUUGUCAAAAAACCCUUGGGUGCGAAAUAUUGGCGUCAAGGAAACCAUUAAACGGUUAGCUGAUGUUUAUGGAUGCAAACAGUUCAAGAACAAUUUAGUUCAGUUUUGGUUCCUGGAUUUUUUAGCUGAUUGUUUGUGGAGAGUGCAGGACGAGUACCAGUUCAACGAAAAACAACAGCAGGUUGUAUUGGACUGGGUACUCUUUGUGUUUAAUUUAAUAAGAGAGCCUAAUUUGAACUUAUCCAGAAAGCAAUUGAAUAAAAUUUUUUCUGAAGCCAUUAACGUUGCGGAACACCACAUAGAAACUGGCGCUCCAUCAAUCCCAUCUCCGGAGGAAUUAUUUACCGUAAAAAAUUUAAAUGCAGAUGAUACUUUAGAGAAAAAAACUGAAUCUGAAAGUGGUUCGUCACUAUGUUCAUCUCUAGAGGAAACACCAUGUCACGAUGAUAAAAGUUAUCUAGCAAUUGAACUAGAUCAAGAUAUCAAAUAUUACGAUAUUCCUUCGAGGAUAUGUCCCUGGGAUACAGAUGAUGAAGAUUUAAGUAGUUCUGUUGAAACAAUGUCCGAGGACGAAGCUAUAAUUCUAGCAGAUGAUUCUAUAAGUGUACAGAAUAAUGCUGAUGUAAAUAAUGCUGACCUUAUGUACGAAGACUUUUAUCAACCAGAUCUGUCCACACCGCCAAGAUUUAAAGAAUCAUCCGAGUCUUCUUCCGAGAUAACUUUAAGUUCGAGUUUGGUCGAUGAAAGUUCAGAGAGUUCUAUAGCAGAAGAAGAACAAAAAGAAGAUGCAACUUCCUCAGGUUGGUUUAUCCCAAAGAAAACAAUUAUGGAUGUUUCUUGUCCUAGUAAGGUUUUUGAUGUUGAACCCGAAGAAAAGAUCGAAGAACAAAAGGAAGAGGAAAUACUACAGAGCUGGUUUGAGUAUCAUUUGUGGCAGCUCAGAAUCGCAAAUAUGAACGAUCCUAACACUGGAUGGUUAGCUGCUUCUGAUAUAGCCCUCACACAAAGCAAAACGAUUUUGAAGAAACCGACAGCUGAAGAAGCGAAAGAACAGCUAACUGGAUUUUUACUGGAGACGAAAGAAGAAAUAAAAGAGAUGCAGAGGAAUCAGUUUGUGAACACUUGUAUACUGAUGGCAAUUAAGCAAAUUGUUAACGAAUUCUUUCUCGACAGCUUCCAGUUUUGUGUUUUAAAAGUAGCCUACAGAUAUCCUCACCUUUUAAUCACGCAAGAGCUUAAUUCCAAAUGGAAUGUUCCAAAAAGGUUUAAAGGAGAACAUAAACGACCGAUGCCGAAAAAGAUGAAGAAACCAAAAGUUCCUAAAUCAAAAAAGAAAGCAAAGAUAACACAUAAAACUAAAAGUACCAAAACGAAGAGUUCGAAAGCCUCGAAAAAGAGCAAGGCAUCAAAAGGCCGUUCUGACAAGACAAGCAAAAAAGGAAAAAAGAGCCCCAAAAAAGAAAAAGCACAUCGAAAACUAACAAAACAAGAAAAAGCCGAACUGGCCCGACAAGAAGCUAAAAGAAAACUCUUCGAAGAAAUGGAGAGAAAAGCGGAAGAAAACAAACGAUUCAUGUUCCCACUAGUUGAUUCGGUCGGGGACAAAUUCUUCGAGAAUAUAUUCGAAAAUUGGGUCAAUCCAAAGAAAAGAGUUUCGAAGGUGAAUAAAGAUUUAAUUAAAAAGCAUAAGAAGAAAGGUAAAAGUCAUGCUUAA